GCGCCGCCAUCCGUUCGACUCAGUCGCCGCAAUCCGCUCCAGCUCUCCGUCAGCGGGGCCUGGUUUGCUGCUAGCCCGGCCGACUGCGGGGCCCUCGCUGGAGAGACGCCGCGCUGUUUAGUGGUUGCUGCGCCAUGUUGCAGUGCCUGGAGGGGGUGAAGCACCUCUGCGGCGUGCUCCUCAGCUUCUGCUGCGACAUCGACCUCAAGCAGCCCAGGGGACUAGAAGACCCCGAGCUCCUCGCCAGGGAGACCGUAUUUAGCGUGAGUGAGGUCGAAGCGUUGUACGAGCUGUUCAAGAAGAUCAGCAGCGCCGUGAUUGAUGACGGGCUGAUUAACAAGGAGGAGUUUCAGUUGGCGCUUUUUAAGACAAAUAAGAAGGAAAGUUUGUUUGCUGAUCGGGUCUUCGAUUUAUUUGACACAAAACACAAUGGAAUUUUAGGAUUUGAAGAGUUUGCCCGUGCGCUAUCAGUAUUUCAUCCAAGUGUCCCUCCUGAUGAGAAAAUUAACUGUAGGUUCAGAUUUUUAGGGAAUUUGCAUAGUUAG